UGCGUGUCACAGCCGGGCCGCCCGCUCUCACGGCGGAGGGGGAGGGCGCCUUUCGCAUGGAGCCGCUGCUCGGUAAGUGAGGGCAGCGCAGCGCCGGGCCCUGUGAUGCAGCACUCGUGUGCGGGCAGGCCCCCUUGCUAGGCGCUGCCUGCGCUCGGCAUACGGGGCGGCGGAGGCGCGGGGCUUGGCCCCGCUCCAUGGAGACCAAUGGCAUCGCUCCCACCCACCCCCACCGGCCCCGAGCCCGCCGGCACGCACAGCCGCACGCUUCAGCCCACCAUGGCCCCGCCGCCGCCGCCGCCGCUCCGGCCCUCGGCGAGUGGAAAGGUAGAAGGCCAGCCCAAUGGUGACACAAUCCCAGCUGAGCAAGCCAACCCUUCAGAUGACACAGUUGCUGGUGCUGGGAGUCGUCAGAAUGAUCAGAUAGUGCAGAAAAUAGAGGAAGUGCUCUCUGGAGCCCUUGAUACAGAGCUGCAGUGCAAAUCAGAUGUAGACAAAAAUACUGUGAAACAUAGUACUCAGUCUACAAAAAGAAGCUCUACUGCUGAAGAUGAAAUUCCUAGGAAAAAAUCAAAAAAGAACAAGAAACACAAAAGCAAGAAGAAGAAGAAAAAGAAGAAGAAAAGGAAGAAAGAGAAAAAGCAUAAAAAACAGCCAAAGGAGUCAAAGUUGAGUACACGUCAUGGAGAACAUGCAGACUUGCAGCCUGCUUCUCACUUGAUGCCAGAGAAAUCAAGCUCCAAAUUGAGUGUUCAGCAUGGAGGAUUUGGAGAUGCAAAUCUGGCUGUCCAUGUGCAGCCAGAAGAACUGCGCUUAAAAGCAAGUGAGGAGCUUGAUAGACAAGCUUUAGGACUUGUUUCUCAUUCAAGAACUGAUUCUCAGCAAUCUACAGAAAAUCUUGGAAGUGAGAAGGGAACUUUGUGUGCAGCAAAUCCUCCAUUUAAUUUAGAAGGCAGUCAAGCUGAUAUCCAAGAAAAUACUAGUAUAACUCAAAUUUGCACUAGAGAAGAACAAAUUAAACAGUCAUAUGAAAAUAUUUAUCCUAUAGCUAUUACUGCGAGCGAAAAGGGUGUUCUUGUUGAUACUGGAAAUGAUACUUCAUCUAGCAUCCCAUCUGGAGUUGCCAGUACUGAAAUUCAGAAAGAUUCAGCAGCUUCAGAGGUAAUAGAAGCACUAAAAGGUUCAGAAGUUAUUCUGAAAUCUAAAGGCACUGGGGAAGCUUUGGAUAUAGCUCUUGAGUCUGAGACCAUGGAGGUGUUGAAAUAUUCAGAAGCAUCUCUACAAUCUGUGGCACAGGGGGGAGCAAAAGGGUUAGAAGCAACUUCAGAAUCUGUGUCUUUGGCAAGUGAUGUGACAACAAUUCCUAAAUCUGCAAGUCAGGCAGAUCUGAAUACUGUGAAGGUAGCUCACGUGUCUGUGGCCAUGGAAGAAGUGAAAAUUCCAGAAGCAACUGAAAAAUCUCUGCAUAUGGGAAAUGUGAAAAAUGUCGAAAGAUCUUUGGAAUUAGGGGGUGUGAGCCGAACUUUGGAGCCAGCCCUGAAGCCCUCAAUUAUAUCUGAUAAUUUGAGAGUGACACAGUGCAGCCCCAUGGAGGGUUCAAGUGUCUUGAAGGCAGAUGUGUCUUUGCAACAUCCUUUUAAAAUAUCUGCAUUGACUGCUGUGACCCAGGUGGAAAUAAAAAGUGCCAAAAUACCCCUGGGACCAGGAGCUGUUACAAAAGUGAAGGAUAUUGAACCAGCUAGAAGCUCUGCACAUAUGGAAAAUGUGAAAGCUUUGGAAGAAGCUCUGCAGCCAACUGCUGUAGUAAAGCCCAAAACUUUGGAAACAGUAAUGGAACCUGUGGGUGUUCCAGCAAAAGAUGUCAAAGCAGCUCAAGAAUGUUUGCAGGGUGAAGUAGUCAAAGUUGUGGAAGGUACCACUGAUCCUGGAACAGUGCUGAAUGCAUCAGGAGUGUUCCUACAACCUGAAGUCUUGACAGAAACAAGAAGUAUGGAUAGAACCCAGGAAUCUGUACUUCCAGCAGAAUUGACAGAUGUGAAUGUGGUUGCAGAGGCAAAAGGUUUAAGAGCAGCUUUAGAACCCAUAGCAGUUGUGCAGACCUUUGUUCCCCAAACAUGUCGAGAAAUCCAGAUGGCAGAGGGUUUUAAAGGUCCACAAAGAACCGUGGAAGUUGCAGCACUAGCAGGAGUAAAAGGUCAAGAAACAAGUCAAGCUACUCUGCAGCUUGAAAAUACUAAUGCUUCAAAAAUUUCAGAAUCUACUUUCAAGCCUGUAGCUGUAACAGAGGCAAAAGAUUCAGAAGGUACUUCAUUAUUGAGACAACCAGAGGAGCUGAGAGAAUCAAGAUCUGAGAGUGAAUCAAAUGUGAGAGGUUUGGAAGCAACUCCCCUGUCUUUACAGAAAGAAGACAUGAAAGGUCCAGGAGGAGUCCUAAGGCCAAUGGCUGUGGUGGAAGCAAAAACUUUGAAAACAGCUUCACUGUCUUUGCAAAUGGAAGGUGUGAAGGCUUCAGAAGAAGCUGUGUAUUCGGGGACUGUGGCCAGAGGUUUAGCAGCAACACUAGAUUCAACAGCAGUGUCAAAAAGUUCAGAAAUAAAUCUAGAUAGUAUGGCAGGAGUGGAAGCAGGCUCAGAUGCUGGUCUCCUAGCUAUGAAAGUUGGAUCUGUGAGACCAGUGAAAAGUUUAGAAACAGCUAUAGGACCUGUAGCAGAGACAGAAAGGAAGGAUUCAGAAGCAGACCGGGACAGAGCAGGGACAGAGAUGAAGACAUCUUCAUCAUACCUGCACAUGAAAGGUGUGAGAGAUUUAGGAGAUCCAGCAUCUGUAGGUAUGGCAAAGAUACAAGCUUUGGAAGCAGUCUUGCAGCCUGGAACCCUUGCAGUGGCAAGGGGCUUAGGAGAAAAUGUGUGUUCUGAAGCCAAUAUGGGUAGCAAAGUCUUGCAAGCAAGUCCAGGACUUGUUGCCCUAGAAGAAAGGUCAGAAAGGACUCCUGAAUCUGUGGUUGCAUGUGUAAGCAUGGAACCAGUUAGAGAGUCUGAGGCAUUAGCAGGAAUGAUGCAGUUGAAAACCACAGCAGAGAGAGAACGAAAACAUGCAGAAACAGUUGCAGAACCUCUUGGUGCAAGCAGAACAAAGAGUUCCGUCAUUUCUCAGUCUCAGGUCAUGACACAUACAAGAACCUCACAAACUGAGGUGGUAGCGGAGAUAAAGGAUUCUGAACUAGCUACCAGUUCUGCCACCGUAGAAAUGAGAGGUUUAGACAACUUGUCAGAAGUUGAGGCAGUUGCAGAGGUAAAAGAUGUGGAAGCGAGAUCAAAAAUUUCACACUUAACACAGAUGAAAAAUUUGGAAAUGGUUGUAGGAUCUGAAACGACGACACUAAUGCAAGGCUUGGGAAGGACAUUGGCAUCUGAGUUGGUUAGAGAAAUGAGGUCUUCUGAAGUUGCUCCAGAAGAUCCGAACAAAGCAAAGGCAAUGAGCAAAGAAGCAAUACUAGAACCUGUGCAAACAGUGACGAUGCAAACUUCAGAAGCAAGUUCAAAAUCUGUAGGGGAACAAAUAGUAGGUCAUUCAGAAGCAAUAUUGGACUCUUUGCCCAGAGUGGAGGAAAAAACAAUGGCAUCAGAAAUAGUGACAGAAGUGAGAAACUUGAAAGGAACUUUGGAAUCUAAGAUUUUGACAGAUGUGAGAACUCAGGGACCUACUGUAGAAUAUAUAAUUGCAACAAGGAGGACAAGCACAAAAAAAAAUGAGCCCUCUCUUACCACUGUAAAAGAUUUGGAAGAAGCUUCAGAAACGGAGAAAGAAAUGAAAGCAAAAUAUUUGGAGCCAGCAUCAGAAGCUAGAGAAGUGAGGUUGUUGGAAAGUAUGAAAGAGUCUGCAACAGUAGAGGUGGAAGGUUCUGCAACAGUCGCAGAACCUGAGGUACACAUGGAUAUCCAAAGUUUGGAAACUUCCCAAAAGUCUGGAAAUGGGGGGGGCGAUAAAUGUUUUAGAGGAUACUUCAGAAGCUAUUCCAGAAUCUUUGCAUACUGAAAAACAAGAACAUCUGCAAGCAGCUCUAGAAGCAAAACCUGCUGCAGAAUGGAAGAGUGCAGAAGAGGCUCCAGAAAUCUUGAGUGCUGCUGAAAUGAAAUCUUCUGAAGCAGUUCCAAAGCCAGGGGACGUGAAAGAUCUGGAAACAACACUGGAACAUGAAGUGACAGCAGAAGUACAAUAUGCAGAAGGGGUGCAGAGUCAAGAAAUGGAGGA